UGAAUCCAAUCUACCAACACAACUUUAAAUCAUGCAGGCCGCAGCUAACAAGUUCCAGGAGCAUCUUGGCUCCUACCCGACUACCAUCACGACAGAUAGGGAGGGUUACAAGGCCCGGCCAGAGGGAACCAUGAAGGCCCUCGCUUGGUUCGGCGCAGACGAUGUCCGCGUCAUUGAGGCCGGCAUUCCAGACAUCGUCGACCCAGAUGAUGUUGUCCUUAAAGUUACUGGGUCUACGAUCUGCGGCUCGGACUUGCAUCUCUACCACGGCGAAAUCAUGGGUCUUCAGAAGGGAGACAUUCUAGGCCACGAGUUCAUGGGUGUUGUGGACAGAGUCGGGCCCAACGUCAAGAACCUCAAGAUCGGUCAGCGUGUUGUGUCCUCAUUCCAAAUUGGCUGUGGCAAAUGUAGGUUCUGCAAAGAGAACCUCUCCUCAUUCUGUGACAACACGAACCACUCGUCACUGCAGAAUUAUAUGUAUGGUACACGCGAUGCUGGAUUUUUCGGAUAUUCACACUUCACUGGUGGUUUCCCUGGUGGCCAGGCCGAAUACGUGCGAGUACCAAUCGCAGAAUAUAACCUUCUUCCAAUCCCCGACGGCAUUCCGGACGAGAAGGUGAUCUACCUAUCCGAUGUCCUCCCCACCUCUUACCACACCGUCGUCGAUACUGGUGUCAAAGAAGGUGACACCGUUGGUGUCUGGGGUCUGGGCCCUAUUGGUCUCUGUGCUGCGAAAUGGGCGAAGCUGAAGGGUGCCUCUCGAGUCAUCGGUAUCGACAAGGAACCAGAACGACUGGCAUUUGCUCGAGAGGCCAUCGGUAUCGAGACGGUGGACUUCACUGAGUUCUCUGAUGUCCCGAAACGGCUGCACGAGCUCGUCCCCGGUGGCCUCGACAUCGCUCUUGACUGUGGCACGUUCCACGAACCAAAGACUAUGUUGCACAAAGUCCAGAAGACGCUAAUGCUUGAGACUGACGUCCCGGAGACCGUGAACGAGAUGAUCGUCGCAUGCAGAAAAGGAGGCAGUGCGGGCAUUAUCGCCGCUUAUGCUGGUUUUUGCAAUGGCUUCAACCUCGGGGCCCUUAUGGAAAAAGGAGUUAGACUUGUUGGCAAUGGACAAGCUCCGGUGAAGAAGUAUUGGGAGGAGAUUCUGAACGAUUAUAUCAUUCCUGGGAAGUUUGAUCCUACAUUUAUGAUUAGCCAUCGGGUACCGAUUGACGAUAUGGCCAAGCUUUAUGUUGCCUUCGACAAACGGGAAGCUGGUGUGAAAAAGGUCUUUGUAGAGACGCAGUUCUCGUCACCUCCUGCAACGGGUUGUCCCACGCUCACUCGCGUCGACGAGUGGACGAAGUAGAAAACAAUUCGUUCGGCUUAGAAAGAAUCGUAGUAUCGCCGGUGCGAUGUCUGUCUAGGUGGAGAAGUUUGGCGUGUAACGUUUUAGUAUAUCAAC